GCUCUUCUCUUUUCUUCUCCUCGUUAAGCUUUCACACUCCUCCUUUCUUUGCUGCUGAUUUGUUUCCUCUGCUACCUGCACAGUAUUGCUCGACUACAAUCCACCUUUCACAAGCUCGCUUCAGAUUUCGUACGACUCUCGCAAUGUCGUUCAACACGAAGUUUUCCAUGUGGUGGGGCAGCGUCACCACUAAAACGGAGAGAUUGUUCAACAAGGAGAAGCAGCGCAUGGUGACGCAUGAGUAUUACGAUAACCCCAACGCGAAGGCUGCUCGUCCAAAGAGCAUGCAUUCGAUCCGCGGUAGCAUGAGGAUGCAAAACUCCUCUCGCGGAAGCCAAGACUUCGGUGAUGAUGGUGAACCGAAACGCCGGUCCUCUUCCAAGCGUUCGUCGCGAAGCAAGCCGCAACAAGAGGAAUCGGGAGACGAUGUCAAGCAGGUGCAGCAGAACGACUAUGAGGGCGUUCCUCAGGAUCAAUAUCCGCAAGAAAUGGGCUAUGGCAUGCCGCAAAGUGGCCAGUAUAUUUAG